ACUAGGCAACCCACCCCCAGAUGUAUAAUUUAAAGGUGAUGUGCUUGCACUGGGAUCUUCAGGAUCUGCUCAAUACAGCAACACUAUGUGAUAACUGGGAUAAGGUGGAGUUCAGCUUUAAGGGGGUGUCUCCAGCUCUCCUCACCCAUCUUUAGGAUCAGAGCUGGAGGAAUACCAGUGGAUGUUUUCCACAUCGCCUGGCUCCUUGUUCUCCAUCCACUCUUCUGCUCAAACCCUGACCAAAUAAAGGAACGGGGGGAGAUAAGAUCAGUUACAAGAUUGUACAAGGUUAUCAAGGAAACGAAGUGACAGCUUUUGGUGAGAUCCCGCUGCUUGAGUGAUGAGAACAUUUUGAGCUUCUGAAACCAUUCGGAAGAAACUCAGUGCAGUCGAGACCAAUGCAGGGCAUGGACCCAAGUUUCAACAAUAUGAACACAUCAUUUCUUUCCUCUGCUGGGAAUCAGUCCAUGCAUCUGAACUUUUCAGAGAAGAAUUCCAGAAUCAUACACUUCCAAGAUGAAGAUUGCCACAUGCCAUUGGCCAUGGUCUUCACCUUGGCUCUGGUUUAUGGGGCUGUGAUCAUUCUUGGCGUCUCUGGAAAUCUGGCCUUAAUUAUCAUAAUCUUAAAACAGAAGGAGAUGCGCAAUGUUACCAACAUCCUUAUUGUCAAUCUUUCCUUCUCAGACCUUCUAAUGACCAUCAUGUGUCUGCCCUUCACCUUUGUAUACACUUUAAUGGACCACUGGAUUUUCGGGGAGGCCAUGUGCAAGCUGAAUCCUUUUGUGCAGUGUGUCUCAAUCACAGUCUCGGUUUUCUCUUUGGUCCUCAUCGCGAUUGAACGCCAUCAGCUGAUCAUCAACCCUCGAGGAUGGAGGCCGAAUAACAGACAUGCCUACCUAGGGGUUGCUGCCAUCUGGAUUCUAGCCGUGGCUUCCUCCUUGCCUUUCCUGGUUUAUCAUGUAUUAACUGAUGAACCCUUCAAAAAUAUAACAAUCGAUGAAUAUAAGGACAAAUAUGUGUGCUUGGACUUGUUUCCUUUGGACACUAUCAGGCUUUCUUAUACCACAGCUCUGUUGGUGAUACAGUACUUUGGACCACUUUGUUUUAUAUUUAUUUGCUACUUAAAGAUUUCCUUCCCUGUACUGCUACUUCCCUCAUCCUGUACCAGCCAAGUUCCCUUGUAUGAGAGCCAUUCAUCCAAGAACUUCCAUGAAGUGCCAUGGUGGGACAUAUGCUGAAGAUGCCAUGGAAGAUGAAUAUCAGCUAAUUCCAGUUCAGGAUGUAUGAUCAGCAUCUAGUAGAAAUGAUCAACUUCUAUAUAAAAUGUCAACAUUUUAAGUAAAAUAAAUUACCCACCCACAACUAACUUGCCAUUGCACCUCUUGUUCUAACAUCAGUUUUUUUUAAAAGAAGAAAAUUCUUGAUAAAUAUUGACCCUGUUUAUAACCAGGGUUUUUAGUAGGAAUGAGUUCUACCAGCAAAGUCUGGAUCUUGACCUGUAUCUAGACCCCAAUCCAGCAAAACGUUUGGGCACAUGCUUUAAUCCAGCCCUGUUCAGUAAGGCCCUGAUUCAGCAAAUCGCUCUAACUGAGGUCAAUGGGACUUAAGCACAUGCUUAAAGUUAAAGAUUUUCUUAACUGCUUUGCUGAAUAGGAAUGGACUAGUGAAUCAGGGCCCCAGAUCUGUCCCAAAUAUCAUAAGGAUUUGCUUCUUGGGUUUAGUUUCAGCCUUUUAUACAGGUAAGUUCAAGUCAUAAACUUUGGAUCUAGAGUUGGAUCUGGAGUCCAAAGCCUGAGGAUGUUUUGAUCCAUGGCUUUUCUUCAGGUCCUUUUCUAGUUUUUAACAGUAGAGACUCUAACCAGCUGGUUUGCGGUGAAUGGAAGAAAUAAGAAAUAUGGAUUUUACCUUUCUCAUUUUUACAGUAUAUAUUACAGUACAGAACGUGCUCUCAGAUAACACCUCUGAUUUAUGCAGUUGAAAGGAAUUUGGCUGGAUGGAGGGGGUGUAGAGGGAAGAGAUGCUAAAUUAUACUCAAAUGAUAAGUUGCAUUGACAGUCUUUUUCUCGGCUAAAGGAUAUAGAUCAAAAUCAUGACUGAUCUACCAUGUUCUUUUCAUGUCUAAAUUAUUUGAUAUUCAGUUUUUGCCUCUCUAAGGUGAAAAGACAAGUACUGAGUCAUUACCAGUGUGUGUUUGAAAGGAAGAUAUGUUCUUCUUUGCAUCAGUUUUACUGAAGUCCAAAUGUUUUGGGAUGUCAUGUAAUUUAAGAAAGGAAAAAACUAUAACCAACUCACAUCUUUUAUGCUCUAAUUUGCCUGUUGCUGAUGCUGAUACAUAUUAAAUGACAUUUUUGUUAAAAAAUAGCACUAGUGGUCUUAUGUAAGCUAAAAAAUUAAAGAAGGUACAGGGUUAAGGUGGUCAAUAUGUUGCACUUAAGUUCUGUUCUGGGAAGGGAUGCUUUCCUGAAUGGGCCUUAUACUGUGUCAUGUGUUUGUAAAACCCAGGCAUGGCAGGAUCAGUUCAGCACAGAGAAUUCCUGUUUAUCACAACACUUUAUUUUCCAUGUGCAUAUCAGGCUAUGAGCAGAUUUCACAGAUCCACACUGCCCUCAGAAAUGUAUGCCAGAUAUGUCUGUUUCAGACUGUUGCAUGGGUGUAAUUUACGCUGAAAUCUCCAAUGCCCAAUCAGUCUACUACUAAUUUUGGAGAUCUUCAAACAAGAACAGAUAUAUCUGACAUAACAUACAUUUUGAAAGACAGAAGAAAAACAGCAGAACAACAGUUAAUCAUUAAUUAUUGCAUUUUUUGAAAUAUGUAUAUGAAGAUUUGAGGGCAGAAUCAAGCACUAAUUGAGGCCAGCAAGCUGUCAUAUAAAUGGUUGGUGGGGCAUUGGAAAGCAUGCCCAAGCAGUGACCUCUAACAAUUACAUUUCUCUGUUACACCAUUUUAAAAAAGAGAGAGAUCCUCACAACUGCCAGGCAAGACAACUGAUAACCUGUUACAACUUUGCAUCUCAGGUUUACCUGGAUCUCAUUACCAAGGCCAAAGAAAAAAACCAUUUUGGCAUUAGCAGAAAAGUAUAUUCUACAGUGCAGCCCUUGACACUGGCAAAACAUUGAGUUCAGUUUCUUUCACUUCUACAGGGUGAGGGCAAACUAUUUUAUGGCAGGAGCAGAGCCCUGGCCACCUUAAAUCUCCCUUGUUCUUAUUCUCACUGAUGCGGUGUAGCUCUUUUUUACUUUUAUUGCUGAUGUCUGUGAAAAGGUGUUUCUUGGAGGAGCCUCAGGUUUCUGUGUUGAGUAUUCCUUAUGCCACAAGUGUUUCAAUAUAUUGACCGUGAGGUUGGUUAUUUCUGUGGAAAUGCUAUUGGGGGUUUGAUGGCUGAAUCUCAUUUUGGAGACAAAAUGUAUCUACUAACAUGUUCCAUUCUCUUCCUCGUUUUAUUUUAAGAUUCUUUACAUGUGGUCCUUUUGCUUUAUAAAUCUUUCACCUAAUGGAGAAGCUUGUAUACUUAUGUGGGGUAGAAAGGGGUAAUUUUAAAUUGUUGCAAGCCAAGUAGUUUUACUUUAAAAAAUACUAAAACUAUUUAGUCCAGAGAAUCAAGAAAUGGUGGGCCAGCUCUUAGUACGUGUUUCUCUUACUGCCAAACCAGGAAAACCAAAAUAAAAAGAUGAAAUAAUUAAUGAAGGUUAUUUAUAAAACUAUCUCAGAGAUGUGAGUCCCACUACUUUAGUCACAGAAAUUCUUUUGCAUACCUUAGGGGACACCAUGAUAUGCAGUAUAACCACACUUAUUAACCAUGCUAUUUAUUAUUAAAGAAAAGAAAAGAAACCAUUAAACAAUACAAAACAAAUUACAGAACACAACUGAUAAACUGGUUAGUUCUGUUACAAUCUCUUCUAUAUGCCUCUUUGUAGAGAACUUUUAGAAGAGAUUUCACAUUUAAAAGUGAAAUCAGGAUGUACUUCAUUUGGUAAAUUAAGACCAAAGUAUAUUGUUUCCCAAAGUUAUUGUCAAUUUAGUCUUAGUUUCUUACUAGAUACUUAAAAUUGUUUAUGUAUGGACAAAAUAAUGUGUUUAAGGGCAGGUGAUACCUGUCUUGUUGUUAUUAACAACCAGCCAGUUUAUAAUUGGGCAAAAUAAACAAUCUUAUGAAAUCUAAGAAAAUAUUUAAAUCAGUUACUUAGAGGAAGCCAUUUAAGGAUCUUCAAGACAAGCCAAUUAUGAGUAUUAAGAAACUUAAAUCUGCAAUUUCUUGGUUUGCCAAUGGUUAGCCCUGUCUCCUCUCCAGGAAUACCUAGUCUAACCAUGUGUUGAUUAACAGGAGAAACUGUUAGCAUUUUAAGUUACAACAGAAUUUCCAUAGCUAAACAAAAUGAUUACAAGAGUUUUAAAAUCUAAUCCAGUGUUUUAGUUAAUUUUCUUUCACCAAUCCAUGUUAAAGUUUUGGGGCGCUUUUCCUAGAAUUGGUUUCUUCUUUAGUCCUCUCUGUUCUUGUUAGGUCUCUGUAGUAGCUUGCUUGUAGAGAUGGACAGGAUGACUUGUGGCAUGCUUGCUGUUUAAGCAGGGUAGCAGAGGGUGUGUGUGUGUGGAGGUACCCACUUCAGAGUUUUAUACCAUUCUACUUCCUAUUCGCUUGAAAUUAUAGAAAAGCCACUUUCAGGUUUGUUUAGACUCCAAGUUGAUUUCUGUUCAUUGGCUCAGUACUUUCAUAGGUUAUCCUUAAAAGCCUCUUUAUCUUAUGAAUAUAUAAUUUAUUAAUGCAUGUAUGCAUUGGGAUUGUAAUUCUUUCUUGGCAGUUAUAGUUCCUUUGUCUUUGUGGUGAGAGAUUCUCAGACAACUUUAAGUUUAGAGUUUUAACUCUUUUUUUAUGCAGUCCAUUUUCUGAGAUAUUCCUUCUAAAUUUAAACUUAAAACUUAUGGUUCUUAAAACUGUUUUUUCAAAAAUUCAAUGAUUUUUAGAGUGUGUUUAUCUUAAAUAGCUUUUAAAGAAGUUGUUGAGUCUUCAUAACAAUUUUUGAGAGAUUAUUCUUCUUGUUUUCCUAAUAUGGCUUGAGCACUGCCAAUAAUUAAAUCCCCAUUAAAAUAAAUAUUCAAUACCUGAAUGGCUUCUUACAUUACUAAUUGGUUUAGCAAGAUCUUUAGAUUACAGGCUGGUCCUGUGAUACUGAGGCCUAUUGGCGGUUCACUACUCUGUGUCAGCAACUUCUAUCAGGCCUGACAAACUCACUGGACCUAACAUGUUGCUGUCAUAGUAUUUAUCUAUAAAGACUGUCUUGUAAGGUAUUUAAUGAAAGCUGGUAAUAUCCUGGUCACUCAUAUCAUUGUGAAAUGUGUGUAUUAACAUUAUAUGAGAAAUUAAGGAUACUCACUGAUAUUAUGCUUUAAAAUCUGUAACCAAACAAAGAGAGAAUGGUUUUCUUCCAGACAGGAGGAAAGAUAUUUAUAUUAGUGGCAGAGAGAUAACUGAAGCAUUGUGAAAACAAGACCAAAAGAAGCCCCAUUUGCAAUAAGUCAUCAGGAAAAGCCGGGUUGACUGGGGGAUAUGAAACCAUCAUGAGAAACCAAAGCCACAAGGGGGUGUCUUGUCUCUGGGGUCAAAACAAUGAUUUUUGGGGAACUAUAAGCACAAAAGAUAUUUUGUUAUCCAUCUUUGAGGGAACAAAGAGAUCAGUGGUCUUUGCAUCCAUGAAAGCUGGAUCCUGGCCCAGGAAGGCCUUCUGAUUCUGAGAGGAGGCUUUAGGUGAGAAAACCACCCUAGACAAAGAUUGUAGUCUGUAAAGUUGUAGCCUCUAGAAAUCAUAUUAUACUUUUAUUUUAUUUAUGACAAUUUUCUGAUUUUUUUAACUUUGCUUAGUAUCACUUGAAUCUUUAUUCUUUAUUAAUACAUUUAGUCCUGGUUUUAUUUUAAGUUCAUCUCAGUGCAAUAUAUAAUAGUAAAGUGUGUUGAGCUAACAGGCUGGUGUCUAAACUGCCUCUCUGGAGAUAGCAGUCUUUGUAAUUUCUGUGAGUGUCCAGUGAGAGGGCCUGGAUACUGCAGCGGAACGCUCCUCCAGGGAGUCUGGGAACUGAAGAGCAAAAGUUAGGGUUUACAAAGCAAAGUGUGGGCUGGCAGAAUUCUAAGCAGUUUGUUUGGCCAGUUAACUAACUGGGAUGGCAGGGAGCUGACACUUAGUGUAGCACCAGCAAAUCUCUCUUUUGCUGAGGCAGAUAGGUAACAAUGUGAUUUACAGUUCUGGACACCCCAGGAAAGCAUCACUGGUACAUAAAGCAUUUUACCAUUUACAUAGGAAUGAUGUUAGGAAAUUAUGUUAGGUGCUUUGCCUUUAGGUAAAAUACUUGCAUAUAUGCCAUUCAAAAUGAUUUUCCAUUUCAACAUUAGAAAUAAACAAAAGUUUAAAACAUUUGCAACUACAUAUGUUUUUCCUAGAGGCUUUUCUGACUGCUGUUUUUAGAAUUAUUAUAAAAUUCAUUUUCAGUAAGAUAUUUCUAGAAUUCUCUGUGAAUGUUUACUUAGAAGUUGUUCUCGUGAGGGUGAAAAAGCCAACUUUACAUGAAGAUUUACUGCUUUGUUAACUCAACCUUACGUUCUUUUUCAUGUCAGAUCUUUUCGUAAAGCAUGAAUGUUUUACAUGGUUUGUAUUCUUGAGAUAAGGACUACAUUUGUACCAAACUGGUAUUUAUACAAGAGUGAGGUAUCCUAGUCUAGAUAAGACACUCUAAGGGUAAUAAACAUGGUUUUAUGGCUAAUGAGGGAUAUCUGCUUGACAUUUGACUUGUCUUUGGGUGAUAGUGGGACAGAUUUCUGUUACCAAUCUGCCUGAGGCGUCAGGUGAUCAGGCUGAGGCCACAGGAUUGUUAAUGGAGGAGAUGAUGGAACACAUCAAAUGUCUAAGUUUUAAAGCUUUAUUGAUAAAAUAAUAAAAUAACACCGGAGAGUGAUGGGUGCUCCCCACAUCACUCAGAGGAAGGAAGAAAGCAUUAGUGCCCCAAGCCCUAACCCACUUUCAUACUCACACCCGCACUACAUGAGGCUGGCCAGACCUGGGUGUAACAUAAGAAGAAGAGGGAGAAGGGUGGACGGGAGUUCUGUCAUGUGUGCACAGUUCGUCCAGGUUCCGCUGUGAUCUCCAAAUUGCUUCAGCUCUCAGGAGGGUUUUAAGUCCUGGGCUCCUUUGGGGCUGUUCCAUUCCAUGACCUCUGUUCCUGGUGCUCUUUGUGCCAGUCCAAACCGGCUUUCUGUGGUCUUCUCCGCUUUCCCAAAACACAACGGCUCCAGGGACGCGAAGCUCUGCUACCCCCCUCGUUGUUUCGCCGGUGUUUUCCAGCUCUGCAGCCCUGGUUCAGUGUACUUUUUCUUUUCUCAUGGCUGGCUGUGGCUGGGUGAGAUAAUUUUUCAUCUAGCGCCGUGACCUUGGACUGGGGCCAGUGUCUUAUCGUUGGACUGAGCUUGCUAGCUGCAGUGUUGAGUUAACCUGUUCUCUGCUCUCUUUCUCCUUCCCCCUUUGGCCUUUCGCAGCCUGCAAAAGAAUCUUCCACUCCCCACUCACACCUUUGACCCUUCCCAAAUUGCCCUGCGAUGCUUGCAACAGCGUUAGCAAUAUACAAUGCAUAUACAAUGCUGAUCUGCCUCCCCCAGGGGACCCCUUGGUGGUG